GUCGCCGUUCUACGUCGGUCAUCUAAUAUCGGAUAAGUGAACCAGGAUUUCCAGUAUAUAUGUGUUCAAUAAGAUUCGAGACAUAAGCCCACCGAAAAUGGCAACGGAAGUGCAAUCAUUUUACAAAGACAAAAUAGUCUUUCUAACAGGCGGCAGUGGAUUCCUGGGAAAAGUGACCAUUGAGAAGCUACUCCGCACCACGGAGGUGAGGCGCAUCUAUGUGCUGCUCCGCUCCAAGCGCGGCCAGGAAAUGCAGGAGCGAUGCGCCGCCUGGGAAAAAGAGCCUGUCUUUGUUAACCUAAUGAAAAUAAAUCCAGACGCGUUGAAGCGGGUGGUGCCCCUUGGCGGCGACUGUCAGGAACCGGAUCUUGGGCUGAGCAUUCCCGAUCGCCAGGUAUUGGUGGAUGAGGUGCAGAUUGUGCUCCACAGUGCAGCCACGGUGCGGUUUGUGGAGCCGUUGCACAUCGCUUUGGACGUCAAUACACGGGCCACUCGGCUCAUGAUUCAACUGGCGAAGGAGAUGCCCCGCCUGGAGGCCUUUGUCCAUGUGUCCACCGCGUUCUCCAACUGCGUGCUGGAGCACAUCAGCGAGCGCUUCUAUCCGGAGAACUUGACCUGCCCCGCCAACAAGGUCCUGGAGUUGCACGACAGCAUUUCUCCAGAGCUUUUGGACAAAAUGACACCGGCAUUGCUGGGCAGGUUCCCUAAUACCUACACCUACACCAAGGCUCUGGCCGAGCAGCUGGUGCAGCAGGAGUCGGGCGAUCUGCCGCUCUGCAUCUUUCGUCCUGGCGUCAUAAUUGCCAGCUACAGGGAGCCCAUGAACGGCUGGAUCGACAACCUGUACGGACCCAUUGCCGUUCUCUACGGGGCAGCCAUCGGCGUACUGCGCAUCACGCGGCUGAACUUGAAGGCCGACGCCGGAAUCGUUCCGGUGGACUACUGCGUCAACAUGUUGAUCGCCUGCGCGUGGCACACGGCCCGGGAAAGCAGGAUUAAACUGCCCCCGGAGCCACCCAUCUACAACUUUACGCCCCCCAAGGACAACUUGAUCACCUGGGGCGGAUUCCGGGACAAGGCGGCGCUGCUGAGGUACAACUUCCCACUGACCCAGAUGAUGUGGAUUCCCUUCCUGCACUGCACCACCACGCCCUGGGUGUUUCGGUUCCUGGCCUGCUUCUACCACCUGCUGCCCGGCUAUGCCAUCGACCUGGUGCUCCGUCUGCGAGGUCGCAAGCCGCGGAUGAUCAAGCUGUACGACAAGAUACACAAAAAUAUCGACAUUCUGGUCCCCUUUGUGGACACGUCCUGGCAGUUCGACACGCAUAACACCCACCAGCUGUGGAGCCGUAUGUCUGCCGAGGAUCAGAAGCUCUACGACUUUGACUUGGGCAGUGUCGACUGGGACGAUUACUUCCUGCAGGCACUGGGCGGAGUUCGUCUUUACCUCGGCAAGGAGAAACCGGGACCUGAGAGUUUGAAAAGGGGCCGAAAGAUCUACAGAAGGUUUCAACUUCUCCAUCGGAUCCUGAAGUUGGCUCUUUGCAGCGGUGCUGCUGCCCUUCUGUGGUCCAUAUUUAAACGCCUCUUCAGCCUGUUUAUAUAAGCGAACUCACACGGGCACACACAAGGGAAGUACGUUGAUUGUUUGUAGUUUAAUAAAUAUUUUGGCUAAUGUGAAAA